CUUUCUUCUGAUUUGCUUCUCGUGCUCCAGCGCGACUAUUCUGCAAGAAUAAUUCAGUUUACGGACAAACAAACAAAAAAAAAGAAAAUCGGCUAUUGAAAACCCGAAAAUUGCUCACUUUACGAAAAUGUCUAAAACCUGGUCACAUCCACUUCCUCGCCGAUCCCCGGGCAGUUUUCACGCAAGUCGAGCUCUCAGAAGAUCAGCGCCAUACAACAGCAAAGAGGAUCGCGCCGAUGAUCUCAAACAUGGCUUGGAUAGAUAUGAAGAGCUUGAUAAAUCACAAACAUACCCAUCUGUAAAUUACGAAGGGUAUUCAGGUCAAGAACAAGCAACAAAGAUUGCCAUACCUUCUGGUAAAGUGGAGGGCACCCCAUCAGAUAGGCGCAAGGCCUUGUAUCAGAAAUUCUACAAACAGUUACAAGAGGAAAGGAAACCAGCAGAUUGUGUGAUCCUUUCUGUCACCAACGAAAGCCCGGAAUACUCCAUAUCACUAGGGCAAAGCUUGCAGGAGCGCGGCCUGUAUGUGGAAAUGCUCUACCUUCACGCGGAGUCGGGUCUGACCCGUGCCUUACAGGACAUCCGAGCUGAUGGCUCUCCCUUAUGUAUUCUCUUGGAGCAGACAAACAUAGCACUGUGCUCCUGCACAGUUAUCAUAUUUGCACAGUCUCUCAAAAUCCAUCGCAACAUGCCCAAAGAUCAGGCUUUGGACUUUGUUGUAGCAGAAUACAAUCAAGGCCUCGCAGAAGAGCGGCCCUCAAAGGAUCCUGCCGACAUUGCAGCAGAGACCUCCCAAAUGCUGGAUGAUUAUUUGGACAGAGAAAAACGCAAUCACCACUAUGUUCCUUCUGACGUGCGCCGCCUCCUCAUGUUCUUAGCAGAAGGGGUCCAUCUCUACCCAGAAGAGCUAGACACCCUCUCAGAGUAUGUUCUGUCCAGGCAGGAGCAAGCAGGUAAAACUAAGGGCGAGGUAGGCAGUUUGCUACCUGCUGGAUUGGGUAAACCGCCACCUUUGUUGCCCACACCUAUCCCCUCUCAACCUCAGCUGGGCCACCCUUCUCGCGCUUUACCAGUCCUACAAGGGAACCCUCCUCCACUGAUGUCCAAGCCUACAUUUGGAUCCCUACCUGGACACAUGUCUGCACCCCGUGCCCCUCUGUUAGACACACCCCGAUACCCUCGAGGACCUCCACGCAGAUUAGGGCCUCCAGUACCUAGAAUGGGAUCCCGACCAGCUCUUCUCCCUCGCCCAGGUGGACCACUUUUACCACGACCAAGGGCCCCCCUUCUGUAAUAAAAAAAACCUGUCCACUUUAUAAAGUUAUCAUUUUAAAAAAUUGGAAGUAGAUUCGUAUUGUCUCAAGAGUGGGUAGUUUCUUUUAAAAUGUGUGUUUAUUUUUCCAUUUUUAUUAUUUCAGCCACACAUUGUGGAGGCUUUAGUUGAUGUCAUACAGGUAGUGAUUAUACUCACUAACAGUAACAGUAAAUAAACAGUAGAAUGAAACACUGAAUUAGCUGUAUUUUUAAAUAAUUAAUUUUACUUACUAAAUGUUUUUCAUGCUUGUAAAUGUGAGUGUGAGAGAGUG